CCCUCCAAUUCAACAAGCAGCCACCAGCUCAAAGAUAAACCAACUACUCCUCUGUUCUCUUCUCUUCUCAGAACAGAGCAGAAGAAAGAAACAGUAACGCUUUCAACAAAGGAGGAGUUUCAAACAAAAUCUCCCUACGUUCAUAUCAUUCAUUUUGUUUUUUUGCCUUAGAACAAUGGCUUUGUUGCAUUUAUAUUACUUGAUUACUCCUCAAGAGGGUCUCUUCUCGACCGACCAAUCUUCUUCUCUGGUAGCUCUGUUCUUUGAUAUCAUUCUAUGUAAAUUGAUCUUCGAUCGGGUUAGAAGCUUCCCCAAACUCCUCUUCAGGCUCUCCUUUUUCCUCCAAUCUCAACUGAGACGUGGAGCUGAUGUAGAGAUAGUAGUACCGGAAGCAGAAGAGAAGAAGGAAGAGGCAGAGUUGGAGAGAAAACAGAGCCCAACUCCUCUGGCAAUUAGCAGAGACGAUGUGGAGGCAGUGAUGGGAAAGCUUGGAUUUUUUUGCGACCCAGAAGCCGAACAGCUGAAACAAUCAAUGGGUGCUGAUCAGCUUCUGGAGUUGUUUGACGAGAAGGAGCCGAGCUUGGAAGAAGUGAAAGAAGCCUUCGACGUGUUUGACGUGAACAGAGAUGGAUUCAUUGAUGAAACAGAGUUGCAGAGGGUUCUGUGUCAGUUGGGAUUGAAGGAAGGAGGUGAGAAGGAGAGCUGCAAGAAGAUGAUUAGAGUUUUUGAUGUGAAUGGGGAUGGGAGGAUUGAUUUCUGUGAAUUUGUCAAGUUUAUGGAUCACAGUUUUUGUUGAAUCCCCCCAAAAUUUUCGUACAUGAUAUAUCAAUAUUAUACAUUUCUUCUUCCUUAGUUUAAUUUUUUUUCCAAAAUUUCGGUUCUUCUGACUUGCAUUACAAGUAAAGUUAACUUCAAUGUUCCGGUUAUGUUCUUAUGAUAAUUUACGCUGUAAAGCGCAAGCGAUCUAGAACAAACACGAUCACAAUUC